UGAACCGAAGAAAACAGAUUUCGUGUUUCCUUCAUGAUCCAACUACCUCUUCCUUCCUGACAUCUACCACGUCUUUAAGAACGGAAAAAUUUAUCGAAAGCAACAACGAAUCUUGUGAAUCCGAUAAACGAAUCUCAUCUCUGAAACUGAGAAAGAAAAGUUACCCUGUUUGGUAACUCAGAAAAUUGGUCCUUUUUUGUUUUUUCUAUUUCUCGUUUUCAACUUCAGUUGUUCGGUUUGAUUCAGGGAGGGGGAGUCGGUGGAAGAAAGGAACAACGAUGGGGAAAGAUACCCGCGGCCCUUGGUUUCACGAGAAAAUCGUCGAUCCUCUUCUCCAGAUACUCCGAAAGGGAGCGGAGCCGAAGCAGUUGGCGUUCUCGGUAGCUUUGGGUAUCACCAUGGGGAUAUUUCCUAUAUGUGGGGUCACAGUGUUGCUUUGUGGGAUGGCUAUUGCAGUGGUUGGAUCUCUCUGCCAUUCUCCUACCGUGAUGCUUGCUAAUUUUGUAGCUACUCCGAUAGAAUUGAGUCUGGUGGUGCCCUUCUUGCGUUUUGGUGAAAUGAUCUCUGGUGGACCUCAUUUUCCAUUAACUUCUGAUGCUCUGAAGAAGGUUGUGACUGGCCAAGCUUCAUGGGAUGUCAUAUUGAGUAUUGCCCAUGCUUUGUUGGGAUGGCUUGUUGCAGCACCCUUUAUUUUGGCCAUACUCUACGUCCUAUUUUUGCCUAUUUUCAAGGUUCUGGUUCCCAAGUUCAGCACUAUUCCUUUAAGUCCAAUGAAGUCAUUUCCUUUGCAUUCAGAGGUUGCACUUAAGGUGAGAGAUGCUUGAUUAAGUCUGUAACAUGUAUAUUUUCUUUAGUUCUAUUGAUAGAGAAUUGUACAUAAAUUCUCUCUUGAGCAUAGCAUGGCUGUGAUGCUUUAUGAUCUUGUGUACCCUGUACUGUUGUAAACCUUGCCUCCAGAUAAAAAUUUGUGAAAUUGGACAAAUCAAUGGCUGACGAUCAUGGUAGAUAAGCGAUAUUUAUGAGAGGGAACUUAUGCCAGCCUUCUAGAUAUCUCUACAUCAGUCGAUAUUUUAACAUGCUUAUCACCUCAUUUAUCUUGCAGAAUUCAGAAGAAUCCUGCAUUCUUUGCUUGUAAAUUAGCAAAAUUACUUAGUCUCGAAGCAUAAAGGUUUAUCAAACCAUCAGUAGAGAGCGAGUCUCUUUCCUUUUUCUGGAUGACCCUUGGUUUCAAAAAUCACUCCACAUUCUUUAAACAAUUUAUGAUCCAAGUAUAUAAUCCAUGGGAUUGAUUGUAUGUAUGUAUGAUCCAUAAUCGAUAUUCAAUGCAUGUUCUUCUUAUGUCUCAGUAACUGAAGUGGUGAGCAAAAAUUUACUCUAGGAUGUUUUCUAGCAGUUAAAUUUCUGGUAUAAGCAGUGUUGUAAUGCAUUCUUUUCCUCCAACUUUACAUUCGUGGUUUCUUGUGUGCUUUGAUGCCAAAAGGAAAUGGAGGACCUGAAAUUUCCAGUGAAAAUGGCACGGUCAGUAGGAAUGAUAUGCAAACCCAGGGUGGUUCAGCUGGACUGCCGCUGUUAGAACAGUACAUGUGUCUUCUGGAACAUAUUUUGUGCACUGCUGGUUUAGUGGGGGAUUGCAUCCUCAGAGGGACUCUAGAGUCUAGACCUUAUCUUUAUGCCUCAAGUAAAGGGUAGUGACAAAAUCGGGGGCAAUGUUAUGGCACUAACAAAAAUGUUAAGACUAU